AUGAUGUCGGAGAAAAAACAAGAUGAUUCCCUCAACCAAGUGCCUUCGCAGAUCGGGGAGGUCACCGAGGGGGAACAUGAUGCCGUCUUCGGUGAAAUUACUGGUGAUGGCCCUAACUAUCGAAAUGUUGGAUGGCUCGGCACGGCUGUCCUGAUGAUGAAAACCCAAAUUGGACUUGGAGUCCUUUCCAUUCCUGUCGCAUUUGAUUCCCUCGGGGUUGUGCCGGGAGUGAUCUGUCUGUGUGCUAUUGCGGCCAUCACCACCUGGUCGGAUUAUAUCAUCGGAGUCUUCAAGCUUCGCCAUCGCGAGGUCUAUGGCAUCGACGACGUGGGCGAGCUGCUCUGUGGUCGCCUGGGAAGAGUCGUCCUGGGGACUGCCUUUGUGCUCUGGUGGAUUUUUGUGGCGGGCUCUGGAAUGCUGAGCAUUUCAAUUGCACUCAACGCCGUUUCGGACCAUGCCAUAUGUACCGCCGUCUAUGUGGCGGUCGCUGCCAUUGUCGCAUUCCUAUUUGGAAGUAUCCGAACUCUCGGCCGUAUCUCCUGGAUUGCAUGGCUGGGCUUGUUUUGCAUCUUGACUUCAAUCUUGAUUGUCACAAUCGCCGUGGGUAUUCAAGAGCGCCCGUCUGCGGCUCCCCAAGAGGGUGUUUGGGUUCCCGAUUACAAAAUUGUCAAUAGCGAUGUGUCCUUUACCGAUGCCAUCUCUGCCAUUUCGACCAUCGUGUUCGCUUAUGCCGGCACCCCAGCAUUCUUCUCCAUUGCCUCAGAGAUGCGAGAUCCCGGUCAUUACAACCGAGCGCUGAUGAUAUGCCAGAGCGUUGUGACAUGCUUUUAUCUAGCCAUCGGCAUUGUAAUCUACUACUACUGCGGGUCUUACGUGUCUUCGCCCGCGCUUGGCUCGGCUGGUCCGGUCGUUAAGAAAGUCAGUUAUGGGUUUGCUCUCCCAGGGCUGCUGGCCAGUACCCUGCUCUUCGUCCAUAUUACAGGGAAAUAUAUCUUUAUUCGCAUCCUUCACGGAUCCCGGCACUUAGUGGCCAACACCAUGGUGCACUGGUUGGUUUGGCUUGGCUGUACAGUGGGUGUCUCUUUAAUUGCAUACAUCAUUGCGAGUGCCAUUCCCGUGUUCAGCGACCUGGUGUCUCUGGUCGGGGCCCUCCUCGGGACCCCCAUGUGCUUCCAGCCCAUGGCCGGCAUGUGGCUUUACGAUAAUUGGAAUAAGGGUAGGGUCCAUCGAACCACCAAAUGGACCUUGAUGGUCUGCUGGUGUGCCUUCAUCAUUGUGGCUGGUACAUUCCUCAUGGUUGGCGGUACCUAUGGAUCUAUCGUGAGCAUCAUCGACAACUAUAAAGCGGAAGGAGGAUCGGCUGCCUGGUCGUGCGCCGAUAAUUCUACAUAG